AUGAAGCUGGCAUCGUACAUCCCCUCGGUGAUCUUGGGGCUGCUGCUGAACAUCCUGGAUGGCUUAUCCUACGGUAUGAUCAUAUUCCCCAUAGGCGAACGUAUCUUUGCCAAUCUCGGCUCUGCAGGGCUGUCCAUGUUCUACGUGUCGUGUAUCAUUUCACAGUUGAUCUACUCGCUGGGAGGCUCUGCCUUCAAGGCUGGCAUAGGCUCGGAGAUGAUUGAAGUCACUCCUUUCUUCCAUGCCAUGGCGGCAGCCAUAACUCAUGAGAUCGGUGAAGACUCGCCAGACGUUGUCAUUGCAACGACCAUCACGGCGUAUGCUUUCUCCUCCAUCAUCACAGGCGCCAUAUUCUUUCUCCUGGGUAAGUUCAAGCUGGGCCAGCUUGUGGCGUUCUUCCCACGUCAUAUCCUCAUCGGCUGUAUAGGAGGUGUUGGUUACUUCCUCGUGGUGACGGGAAUGGAGGUGUCGUCGAAGCUGGGCAGCUUUGAGUACAAUUGGCCCUAUCUUUCUUCGUUGUUCGAACUGUCAACCUUUUUCAAGUGGUUCCUGCCCGUGUUUUUGACUGUUGGCCUCAUCGUGCUACAGCACUUCAACCACAACUCGCUGAUACUUCCUUCCUACUUCAUCCUGGUGUUCAUCAUCACACACAUCCUCAUCAUCGUGGUGCCAACAUGGGACUUGGAAUCGGCCAGAGACUCUGGAUAUAUGUUCUCGUCUGGUCCAAAUUCAAAUGCCCCAUGGUAUGAAUUCUACACACUGUACAACUUUAAAGUGGUUCGUUGGGGAGUUCUGUUCCAGCAGGUGCCAACUAUGCUUGCGCUUACGUUCUUUGGGAUCCUCCACGUGCCAAUCAACGUUCCUGCCCUGGCUGUGUCAAUGAAACAAGAUGAGGUGGACGUUGAUAGAGAGCUCAUCGCGCAUGGCUUGAGUAAUCUAGUCUCUGGUGCAGUGGGGAGUAUUCAAAACUAUCUUGUCUACACGAACUCUCUGUUGUUCAUGCGUGCUGGAGCUGACUCGAGAGUGGCUGGUGUUAUGCUUGCACUGGCAACAUUCGCAGUGUUGCUCGUUGGUCCCGUUGUCAUUGGGUUCAUCCCUGUCUGUGUUGUUGGAAGUUUGAUCUUCCUUCUCGGCUACGAACUGCUCAAGGAAGCACUUUGGGAUACUUGGGGAAGAGUCAGUGGUGUUGAGUAUGGUACAAUCUUGGUGAUUGUCCUGACAAUGGGUGUUUACGACUUCGUGAUUGGUAUCGUUGUUGGUGUUAUCCUCGCAAGUUUCCACUUUCUGUGGGAAAAUACAAAGAUUCCAAUCAUUACGAAUGCCUAUACAGGCGAGGUUGCAAGAUCCACAGUCAUCAGACAUCCAUUGCAAGAGCAAUUCUUGCAUAGGAUUGGUAAGCAGAUUUACGUCUUGAAACUGCAGAGUUUCCUUUUCUUUGGAACCAUUGGUAAAGUUGAGAAGGAGAUCAAAAAGCUAUUCGACACUGAUAACUUCCACAAGACACCUAUUCGCUACCUGAUUCUGGACUUCAAAAACGUCUUGAACAUUGAUUUCAGUGCUGCUGAGGGCUUGAACCGUAUCAGAAACUUCAUCUUUGAACAAGAUGCGUACAUGAUCAUAUCCAUCGGUGAUAAAGAUAUGAUUCUUGAUUCGUUGAGGAAGGUGGGCCUGUUCGACACAGAUAACAAGAAACUACAAGUGUUUCAAGACCUGAACAGCUCACUCGAAUGGUGUGAGAACGAAUUCCUCACCAAGUACAAGAAUUUCCAAAAGUUCAAGAAAGAACACCAAAAGACAUCGUCUAUCCCAAGAACUGCUAAGAAGCCAUCCUUUUCAACGUUGCCGAUCAACACCCCAAGAAAUACUAACUUUCUACAAGAGGCGUCGAACACGUACAAGAGAGAACUGGUUGAUCAACAGCAGGCAGUUAAAGAGGAUGAGCCACUGUCGCUGUUGAUGCUGUCGUUGCAAGGUGUGUCUACAAAGCCACGUGAAUUCUGGAAAAAGCUCAUACCAUAUUUCCAUUCACCAUUCACGCUGGCAAAUGGACAAACGUUGUCUUUCAAGAUCACGGACUCUUUCUUUGUAUUGGUUGAGAAAGGUGUUGUAACCGUUGACCUCCACACCAAUAUUUCGGAUGAAGGAGGUGUGCCUAUUAUCCAUGAGACUUUACUACCUCGUACUAUCAUUGGCCGUUUUGCUGGUGGCAGCGAGGAUGUCUCGUCUGGUCACAAGCGUCGUCUCAUCAACUCUUUCAAGGCGAAGAAAGACUGCAAGUAUUGGGAGAUUGAUGACAAGGCACUGAACCGGUUAAGGGCCGAGGAGCCAGAACUGUUUAUGGAGCUGAUGCUCGUUGUCAUGAAGAUGAACGAGGAGAGAUUCGAAAACUUCACUGGUUAUGCACUCAUCAGUACGUGA